UAGUAUAACACGAUAAACACUGUACUCGAUUCUACAUCAAAGAGGUCGAAACAUUCGUGCCGGUGUCAUUCAGAAAAAUUUGUGUGAUAUAAAGUGCAACUGCUGGUUGAUUUUUUCUACUAAUUGUUUAAAUUGUUAGUGGUUUUAUAAUUUAAAUAAUUAAUAAACAAAUUUCAGUGGUACAUUCGAAAUGGUUCACAGCAGUCGACGCAAGCGCACUUGGAAGCGAGUACCUGUCACCAGAACUGUCGUUGUGCAACAAGGUUCAGCGGCGCCCCCACCAACUAAGAUCAUUAUUCGAUAUGUUUCGACCUCUACUCAAACCGAUGAUGAUAAUCAAUUGGUACAAAGAAGUCAAAGAAUUAAUAGCAUGCCAGAAUUAGUUUCUGUAAACCGUAUAACCAACUUCCCCAUCGUGGAGUCAAGUAUUAACUAUGCAGAAAAUGUGUACCAACGAAUUAAGAACUCAAACGGUUUGGUAAACUGGACACUGGCCCAAGCAGAAAAUACCUUCUUUUCUGUGGUGGACUCUGCUGCUCCCGCAGUUGUUCUUUUUCAAGGUCCGCUAAAUCAAGUGGAUAAAAUUGUCUGCAAGACAUUAGACCUGGUUGAACAGAAAAUUCCUUCCAUCAAUCUUCCACCUGAAAUGAUAUACUGGAACACAAAACAAUACGCCAAAGACACAGUAAACACUAAAAUCGUGAGGCCAGUUCUAAAGCGUGCUGACUCGGUGAAACAAAUUGGUAACAGUGUAUUAGCCAGCAAGUAUACAACUUAUGCUGCCAACACUUUGGACGGAGCAUUGAAUGUAGCUGACAAAUAUGUGGACAAAUACUUACCGGUAGAUGAUCAGGAUUCCGGAUACGAUGAAGAAGUGGACAAACCUGCAGUAGAUGGUCCGGCUGGAAAGGCAAUCUACACCAUUCAGCAUGCGGACAGACUUGGCAGAAAACUGAAAAGACGAUUGACGAAGAGAACUUUGGCAGAAGUGAAAGCCUUGAAGGAACACAGUGCUGAAGCUGUUAAUGUGCUGAUAUAUGUUGCUGAGUUGGUGGCUACUGAUCCCGUUUUAGCUUUUCAAAAAGGAAAAGAACUAUGGGCCAGCUUGAGCAAGGACGAGCCAGAGAACCAAGCCCGCCCGGAAAACGUAGAACAGUUGAUCGUAUUGCUGACCAGGGAAUCAGCAAGGCGCGUUGUCCAUCUAGUCAAUUUCACCGCCACAGUGGUCACCGUGAUUAACAGGAAUGUUGUUCAUUCGGUUCUAGGCCUGGCCGGCAAAUUUCUAGGAGGUGUCGAUUCAAUUGUCAAGACUGCUCACAUGGAAAAGGUUAAACAAACUACAACUACAACCAUCAGAUCCCACGCACAUUCAGCAACACUGUUAUUAAAGCAACUAAAUCUUCAACUUAUUGACGUAUUGGACAAAUGGGCGAAACAACUAGCUACACCCCAACCAGAACAAACCCCCAAAACUGUACUAUCCGUACCGCAGAUCAAAGUUCAGCAACUAAAGGCCUUUCACUCCAGUGCGAUCAGAAACAAGAACGGAUUUGAAUCUCGUACUGUCACCAAUUCUGACUAAUAUUGUUCAGCUGUACUAUUUAUUAUGCUUUUGUCAACUAUUACAUAUUAUUAUUUGUCUAAUUUUUGUACUUAGAUAUUAAUUAAACUGUCCAAGGGUUUACUUUUACAACAAUUUAAAAUAUGGCGUCACGAAUAUCUGAAUAACUAAGAACCAUGGAAUGUCCAUGUCCAUAAUUAUUUACUUCAAUAUUAAAAAGACGCCUUUAACCUGCUGUAUCUGUUAAUUAUAUUAAACUAUUUUCAAUA